UUUCUUCUCCAAGAGGUUAUAUCGGCGAAGGGGAAACAGUGGGAACCACGAGGGUGCAUCACAAUGCUCUAGAAGUCUAGGACUACUUAUGAAAUCAUCCCAGCUUGACGUUGAAUGCUCGGUGACGCCCUAGCUAACAUACGAACCCAACGACAGGCCCUGCGAAGCAGCGGUUGGGGGCGAGCUGACCUUUCGCCACAAAGGCGGCUAGUGUGGACGAAGGGGAGACCAAGUAUCAUAUGCUUACGGGACAAAAGUUGACGGAACAGCGGCUCACAAGCAGGAUGAGGCCGCGGGCCCGAUCAAUCCUUGAUACUGGAUACGCAUGUUCACGGGGAUUGUGUCGUCCAAAGGAAGUUCAUGUCAGAAGAGUCGUGAAUGUUGCCCUCGACCAAUCGCUCUGCAAAGACGCGACUCGUCACCGGCUGUUUCCCGCGGUUAAAUGUCUUGGCCUGGGACGAAGCGUGCGUCUACUUCAGUUGCUUCUUAAUGCUUUGCGCAAGGCUGAAUUCAGCGAAGGCCAAGACGGAAGGGAGGCCGAGAAAGCCGCUAGCUGCGUCUGUGGAUCGCAUCCGCACAGGGGAGCCCGAAUCGGACAAGUGUCUUCUUUCCGUGGGAAUUACGUUCGGAUUCGAGGUUCGCUCGGCGUCGCACGGGGAUGGACAGUGUCUGCAGGAGGUCGACGCUCGUGCGCGAUCCGUCAGACAAGGAGCGGCUGGCUGUAGGGCCCUUGGAAGCUCACUCAGCGGGUGGUGGCCAAGAUGCAGUAUAAGGAGCAGCGACGACU